AUGAAAUGUGUACUACCUAUGUUGAUAGCUGAGAAUCAAGGGGCCUUUGUGCAUGGUAGAUUUAUCAUGCAUAACAUAAUGAUGUGUCAAGAAAUUGUCAGACAAUAUGGAAGGAAGAAUGCAUCACCUGGUUGCUUGAUCAAAUUAGAUAUGCAGAAAGCUUAUGACACAAUUGAGUGGGAUUUCUUGGAAGAGAUGCUGCUUGCCUUGGGGUUUCCAGCUCAGUUUGUUAAUUGGAUCAUGGUUUGUGUUACAACUCCCAAAUUCUCAAUCAUACUAAAUGGUCAGCUCAAGGAUAUUUUUCUUCCAGCAGGGGGUUAA